AAACCCACGGAUCCAUUACCCAAACCCGAUGUCGCUUGUCGCCUACGACGCCUCCUCAGACGAGGAAGACGCCGGCGAGCCCCCCGCCGCCGCCGCCGCCGGUCCAGCCCCUCCUCCCCACCUCUCGGCCACCCUAGGGCCGCAUCCGAGGCCUCCGUCACCUUCUCCGUCCGUGCGCGCCGCUCCUCAGCCUCCUGCGCCGCCGCCGCCGCCGCCUGCAUCCAACCGGAAUGUAGCAUCAACUAAUUCAAGCAACACCUCCCUGCCCACACCAUCAUUUGACCUACCAGAUGUUGCUGAUCUUUUUGGCUCCCCUUCUCUUCCCUCUAGAGGUUCUGCUGUUAUGGUGGGCAGCUCUUCAAGGAAAAGAGAAUCAAAUGGAUCUGCUAUUCAAGAUCCACGGAGUAAAUUUCCAAGGGCUCAGUCAUCACAAUCUCAUGGUGCCAGGAAUGCUGCAAGAACAUUAGUUCCACCACAGCUUAGCGGAAGGAGUAACGUUGUCACUGAAGAUAUGGGAAAACUGUUUGUGGCAAGACGCAAAGAUUAGCAUUUAGUACCACUUUCUUAACCUCCAUCUGAAUUUGAGCGUCACAUCGAUUGUCGCCCGUAGGUGGGCCGCGGCACUGUUUAACAGAUGAUGUUUGUUGCAACCUAGAGAGUCUGAGAGGAGGGUUGCCAUAAGAGAUAGGAAGUGUUCUUGUUUCUGGCAUUUGUUUGGUCCUAUUUCUUUGGUGUUCACCUGUGUUAUUACUCUGCAACGAUGGUACUCUACCUGUUACUGAGAGCAUGUAAAGCCUGUUAGGACAGUUAGAUGCCGUCAACUCUGUAAGGUUGCAAAAGCUAGAUGUGUUGUUUUAUCUUUUGGCUGGUGUGAGUGAAUGGAUUAUGGGGAGAGUUACCUUGCAAUUCUACGGGCAAGUGUUGCAAUAGCACAUCUGUUCAUUCAUCUGCGGCCCAUGUUCCGCAUGCCUUUUGAACCGUGUUUGAGCAUAGGUUAACUUUUGUGUGUAAGGUUAACA